AUGUUCUCACGCACUAACCACCACCAUCAACAUGGUCAGCGUGCCAGCUCACCGGCCCCGCUGCUGGGUACACGGCGACAGCGCUCUCCAGACUCAACCCCAGGCCCAACAGAGUCAGAGAGUGAUGGCCGAAAGCUGCUACAGACCAAGAGGUCACCCCAUACGAAGCGCCUUAUAAAGAAAGGCAGAACUCACCCUCGGAAAUCAGUGGAUGCCCCUCCGGGUCCCUCUCCACAGCACUCUGUCAACACACCCAUACCAUUGGCGGACCCACACAGUGCCCCAAACACCGAUGCUGCACCCCCAUCUACUCUGCCCCCGCCAGCUGUGUCUUCGGACAUUGUUGCCGGACAGGUUGCUCACCUCGAGACGCUGCUGGACUCCAUUCUGGCAACGGUCGCGAUUAUACAGAGCAUUUCUCACGGUACCGUCACACUCAGUGACCGAACGAUGCACGCCGCUCUGCUGCUACACUCAACCUUAUUCCCGGCAGACCCGGAAUAUCACCCCCAAAACCCUGAAAGGGUUACUGAGCCCCGGUCAUACGCUACAGUGGCCAAAACUACACCAGUGGCUCAGCCAGCUCACACGCCGCAGAGGACAUCCCCAGCCCCAAUUGCUGGAGGCCCUGUUAAGACCCGCCCUCACGUCACUCGUCCAACCCGCCAUUAUUCCUCAAAUAAUCGCCUUAUUGCAUCCUGGGAUGACUUUCCACUUACACAGCCAUCUGGUCCACUCACUGAUUUUGUGGAGCGACUCAAUAGCGAGCUCUCACCAAUGUCACGGGACCCCCCUCGUCAUGUUCUCGGAGCUAAUGUCUCAAAAUCAGGAAGGCUCAUUAUCCACACUGCAAACGACACUGGAACUGCUAGAAUAAAAGCUCGCCCGAUGACUAUUCUUCAAGCAGCUCAGGCCUCCGAUUGCUUUCCUAAUUUUGAUUCAACUAUUGGUGACCCACCCACAGUUCACUCGGAUGUGCCAUGGCAUGGUAUAGUGGUCCAUGAUCUCCCAGCCGAUUCACUUCGCGACUCUUUCGACUCCGCCACUCCAAAAAACAGCAUAUGGUCAUUACUUGAAAAUGAGGCAGGGGUAUCUAGGCAGGAUAUCCGAGGGCAAAUACGGGCUCUUUGUCGCGAUGGGGAGGAGUUCCAGAAGGACCGACUUUCUAUUCUCAUUAGGUUUGAAGACAAGAACAUCACAGAACGGCUCUAUCACUCUGGCAUUUUUCUCUUUGGCUCCUGGUGUCGAGUCUCUCGAUAUCGGGAGCGGAAGAGGAAACCUCAACCUUCAACUCCAACUCCAGCACCCCACGCAGAAAACACCACGCCGCAAUAA